UCCCACAGACCCUGAAUGCGUCAUCAGUCAGUGCUCGGAGGGUCAUGUGACGUCCUGUCAUGUGAUGCAUUCACUUCCUACUGGUUCGGUUCAGAGUUGACUGGUGCUGCAUCAUGUCGACGUAGUUCGGCUCCACAGACACAAUCCAGCGCGGUAGACAUGUUAUUUCAGGAUAAAUCGCCCCGUUGUGGGUCUCUGGGCCCAGUUCUGUGGUUCGGGGUUUGCCUGGGAUGUUUGUUGGUGCUCACCGGAGCGGAGGGGGACAGCAGCAGCAGCCCGUGGUACCAGGACCUCUGCAGUUAUAAAUGGGAGGCUGUGGACCUGGAUAAUCAAGUGAAAUACUCUCUGACGCUCUGCGGGUCUCCUCUGACCAGCUGCGGCUCCAAUGUCGCCGUUUGUGCUCGAAACCUCACCAGCGGAGAGGAGCAGUCGGUCGGUGACUUGUCGCUGCAGAGGCUCUCUGGCUCUGUGCUCGACUACAACAGCACAAAAAAAUGUCCCGGAAGCAGCAACAAUGUUCAGAGCAGCAUCAGCUUCCAGUGUGGGAAGACCAUGGGAACUCCGGAGUUUGUGGCUCUGUCUCAGUGUGUGCAUUACUUCGAGUGGAAGACCUACGCCGCCUGCAAGAGCAAAAAGUUCAAGCCCCUUAAGGAGGUACCCUGUUAUGUCUUUGACCCCGACAAUAAGAAGCACGACCUGAACCCUCUGAUCAGACCGAAUGACGGCUACCUGGUGGACGAUGGUAACGAUGAUGGCGUCGACUUCUACAUCAACAUCUGCAGAAGUCUCAGCAAGCCCCAGAGUGAAGACAGCCCAGUGAAAUCCUGUCCAGAUGGCUCUGCAGCCUGCCUCGUCACCAAACAGGGCUCCUUCAGCAUGGGCUCUCCUACCGGGCCGUUAGAGCUGGUGUCCAGCGACAGCUUGAGGUUACAGUACGAACUGAGCGCUGGCUCGUCUCCUCCUGACAUGUGUGGGAAACACCAGCCGACCGUCAACAUCACCUUCACCUGUCCUUCCAGCAGACACCCUGGAAGCACACUAAAGAUGACAGCUGGGUCAAACUGUCGUUACGAGGUGCAAUGGGUGACUGAGUACGCCUGUCACAGAGAUUACCUGGAGAGUCACACCUGCAAACUGACUAGUGAACAGCACGACAUCUCUAUAGACCUCACGCCGCUCACUCUGGGCUCUGCAGAUCCUCCGUACUCGGCUCACUCCGGGCCCAGCACUGAUCCUCAGAGCUACGUCUACUUCCUGAACGUUUGUGGAAAAGUGCAAACGGCGGAAUGUGGUCCGGAUCCCUUCAUAUCAUCCUGCCAGGUGAAAAAGUCCCAGGAUGUAAAGAAAGUGGCCGGACAAUACCAGAACCAGACUCUUCGGUAUUCAGAUGGAGAUCUGACUCUGAUUUAUCCAGACGGCAGCAAAUGCUCCUCUGGCUUCCAGAGAAUGACCAUCAUCAACUUUCAGUGCAACAAGACGGCCUCCAACGGGGGUCACGGGAGCCCGGCGUUCGCUGGUGAGACGGACUGCACCUAUUACUUUAACUGGGACACCGCCUUCGCGUGUGUGAAGGAGAAGGAGGAUCUGCUGUGUCGGGUCAGAGAUGGCAACAAACACUAUGACCUUUCACCCCUUACAAAAUACCCAGAGGUAGAUGACAGUGUGAACUGGGAAGUCGUGAAUUCUAAAUCUGAGAACUCCGACUCCCGUUUUUACCUGAACGUCUGCCACAAAGUAAUCCAGACGGGAGGAGCUGCUGUCUGCCCAGAGGACGCCUCCAUCUGCGCCGUGGAUAAGAAUAAUAAAUCUACCAACCUGGGCAGCUUCCUGUCUCCACCCCAGAAGACUAAAACAGGAAAUGACAUCAGACUGGUGUAUACUGAUGGGGGGUUCUGUCCUGACAAGAAAUCCAGGAUCCAGACGAUCCUGACUCUCAAAUGUAAACCAGGAGAUCUUGAGAGCCCUCCUGUCCUGCUUCGGGUGUCGCCUGAUUCUUGUGUUUACGAGCUGGAGUGGUACACCGCUGCUGCCUGCGUCCUCUCAAAGACGCGAGGAGACAGCUGUAAGGUGGAGGACCCUCAGGCUGGAUUUUCCUUCGACCUGUCUCCUCUCACCAAACCGGACGGCUCCUUCUACAACAUGACUAGUGGAAACUACAACUACUACAUCAACGUCUGCGGUCCGGUCAAAGUGGAGACGUGUCCGGAAAAGGCCGGCGCGUGCCAAGUGGAAAAGAGCGCCUGGAGUCUUGGAGAAGCAAACUCCAUUUUGUCCUACUACGAUGGCCUGAUCCAGUUGACGUACAAAAACGGAUCCCAGUACAACGAUCCGAACCACACACAAAGGUCCACCCUCAUCUCCUUCCUGUGUGACCCAGGAGCUGGAGUCGGAAACCCAGAGUUCCAGGUAGAAGACAAGAACACGUAUAACUUCCACUGGUACACGUCCUACGCGUGUCCUCAGAGACCACACGAGUGCCUGGUGACCGAUCCCAACACCCUCGAUCAGUACGACUUAUCCAGGCUGUCGCGCUCCACCACCAACUGGCUGGCGAUGGAUUUAUCCAACCAGAAGAAGUACUACAUCAAUGUGUGUCGGCCACUUGUCCCUGUAUCAGGUUGUGACCGCGACACGUCCGUCUGCGAGAUGAAAUACGUAAUCGAGCAGGGCUCUCCUACGGAGGUGGUGUCGGUCAGUAACAUGGGUCUGUCCAAGCGAGGACCCAUCAUUGAGGGACGGGACCAGCUGCUGCUGGAGUUCACAGACGGUUCCGUCUGCAUGUCAGAGGGUCAGAAGCUGUUGUACACGACCCGAAUCCACCUGCGCUGCUCCAGAGGAACCGUUGCUAUGAACCCGCGUUUCGUGGUGAACCAGAACUGCACCGCUAACUUUAUGUGGGAUACUACAGCGGCCUGUGCCAUCAGAACCACCAAGAACAACACGUGUGCGAUUGUGGACCCAGAUUCUGGUUAUGAGUUCAACCUUCAGCCUCUGGCCUCUAAGACUGGAUAUGAAACCGAAGCUAACGGCAAAAAGUUUCUGUUGAACAUCUGUGCCGACGCUCCAGGAUGUGGGACCGGGAUGGCCGGCUGUGAGAUGGGGAACGAGACUCCCAUCAGUCCGGUGGGCGUGGAGAAGAGCCUCCAGUACUCCACAAACAACGUCCUCCAGCUGACGUAUAAGGGGCAGCUGGAGGACUCCACAGCCACCCGGGACACCUUCACUGUGAAUUUUGUGUGUGAUCCGAGCUCUUACCCAGGCUCAUUAAAACUAGUCCAGGAGGAUCUGAGCACCUCAUCCAGCCACGUGACCCACGAUGUUCUGUUUGAGUUCUCCACAGCUCUGGCUUGUCAGCCCGCUCCGGUUAACUGCAGAACCGCUGAUUUCCAUGGUAACGAGUAUGAUCUGAGCCACCUGAUCCGAGAUGCAGACGACAGUCCGUGGCUUCCCAUUGACACAGAUGUUAAGAACUCGCGCAAGUUUUUCAUAAACAUCUGCAAACCUCUGCCGACCAUCAAGGGCUGUCCAGUGGGUCCUCUGGGUGCUUGUGGAGUCAUUAAAGGGACGUAUUACAACCUGGGAUACGUCCAGUCCAGCCCUCAGGUGGCGGACGACGGCUCCGUCAGCAUCGUUUACCACAACGGAGACAAGUGUGGGUCUUCGUCACGUUACUCGACGCGCAUCAUCAUUCAGUGUGAUGACAACCCGGGUUCCCCUAUGUUUGAACGUCAAGAUGGCUGUGAGUUUGUCUUCAUCUGGAGGACGCCAGAGGCCUGUCCUAUCAGGAAGUCUCAAGGUCAAGACUGCCGUGUUCGUGACCCUAAAAGUGGCUUCGAGUUUGACUUCAGCUCCCUGAAAGGCAAAGAUCACGCCGUCAAAAGUGAGAAGUACACCUACCACCUGUCCGUCUGCGAUGCGCUGCAGGGCGACGUCUGCACCCACAAGGACUCCAAAUCAGUGGCGUCCUGCCAGACGGAUGGGAACUCCCACAAGAUCGCUGGACUAACAACCCAGAUCCUGGACUUUGUGGGGGACCAGAUCAUCCUGAACUACACCGGUGGAGAAACUUGUCAUAAAGUUUACAACAGAUCUACUGUGAUCUCCUUCUCCUGCAGCCCUGAUGCACAUCCUGGAAAACCGGUGUUUAUUAAAGAGACUUCAGAUUGCAUCUACAUGUUCGACUGGCCCACUGCGCUGGCCUGCAUCCAGGUUAAAACCACCAGCUGCUCCAUCCGCGACGAUCAGGGACGCUCUUAUGACCUUUCACCCCUGGCUCUGGGCUCUCAGAACUGGGAGGCGGAGCAUUUCGGGAAACGGUUUUACAUCAAUGUCUGCAGGUCUCUGGUGCAGCAGGGAGGUAAAUGGGCGUGUCCCUCUGGUGCUGCGUCCUGCAUGAAGGACGGGAAUGAUUAUGUAAGUUUGGGCCAAGCAGAGUCCGGUCCUACGUGGGACAGGGACGUCUUGGAGCUGCGGUACACCGGCGGACAGCCGUGUCCUGAUAGAAGCCGCAACAGGACAAGCAUCAUCCGCUUCGUGUGUAACAGAGAUAGAGUGGAUUCCCGGCCUAAUCACAUCUCUGACAUCGAGGACUGCGUGUACACGUUUAUGUGGCAAACGGCAGCUGCCUGCCCUCUAAACACCACUCAACACGGCGACUGCCGAGUCGCAAACCCGGCUACAGGUCAUCUGUUUGACCUGAACUCCUUGAACAAAGCUGGCGGCUACACAGUUUUUCAUCAUGAAAACGACAGGAAGAUGUUUCGUCUGAACAUCUGUGGAGAAGUCGAGAAUGCCGGAUGUGAUCCAGGAACCGCCGUGUGCAUAAAGGAAGGUAGCUCUGUGAUCAACGGCGGUCAGGUGAGCAGGGAACUCUCCUACAAGGAUCAGGUGGUGGAGCUGACGUAUGAAGGAGGAAGUUCCUGCUCAGCGCAUGGCGACCAGAAGCACAAAACCAUCAUCAGCUUCAUCUGCAGACCCCCCAGCAUGGCUUCGGCCCCAGAAGAACCCGUCCUCAUCAACUCGGUCGCUGAAACCUGCACACACUACCUCUCCGUCCACACACCUCUGAUGUGUGAGCGAAUGGUGACGUGUUCGGUCCAGAACGGCUCUACUUUAAUAGACCUGACUCCUCUGAUUCAUGUCAGCGGAUACUACACAGCGUCAGAUGAUGAAGUGAAUCAACCUGAUGAAUCUCCAGACUUUUACAUCAACGUCUGCCAGCCUCUGAACCCCAUCCCUGGGGUCACCUGUCCACCUGGAGCUGCGGUGUGUCUGGACCCGGAUAACGGAACUGCUAUGGAUAUCGGUAGGACCACCAGCGGCCCACAGGUGAACAGUGCAACAGGUAAAGUCUUCAUCACCUACCAAAGCUCCACCAAGUGCAAAAGUGACCCAUCACAAAACUACACGUCAACCAUCAUCUUCACCUGCCAGAGAGGCCUGGAGCUGGGUUCUCCUCAGAUGCUGAGCCUCCAGGAUUGUGUGUAUCUCUUCGAGUGGGCGACCCCCAUCGUCUGCUCAGACGCCACACAAACCAGCGGCUGCAGCCUCACAGACUCCCAGCUCCAGUUCACCUUUGACCUCAGUGCCCUUUCUGGUGAAGUCCAGGUUAAAGGGAGCUCGUAUUCUAUCAACGUCUGCGGCUCGGUGUCGGAUCAGGGCUGUAAGCAGAGUGCAGUCUGUCAGCUGUCUGGUUCUGGUUCUGACAAGUCCGCUUCAUCGUUCGGUCUCAGCAAAAUUAUGACCAUGGACUACAAACAUGAAGAGGAGGCAGUGCUGAUGCAGUACGGAGGAGGAGAUCCCUGCCCACCAGUGACGGAAAAGCAGGAGGUCUGUGUGUUCCCGUUCAAGUUCAGAAACAACGAGUAUAACGAGUGCACCGCGGACGGAAGGACCGACGGGAAGAAGUGGUGCGCUACAACCUCCAGCUUCGACAAAGACCAUAGGUGGGGAUUCUGCAGCAAAGUUUCUGCAAAGCGUCAGUCCUCCAUAUUGUUCAUCUGCGACCCGUCUGCAGACCGGGGCUCCCCGCAGCUGCUGUCUGAGACGGCGGGUUGUUCCGCCACGUUCCAGUGGCGCACCAACGCCGUGUGUCUGCCGAGGAAGAUGGAGUGUAAGCUGAUUGUUCAGCACAAGACUUUCGAUCUGCGAUCCCUGUCCUCCCUCACCGAGCCCUGGAAGUUCAACAGCGCAGGAUAUUCGUAUUCCAUCAACCUGUGUCAGGGGAUCCACAGCAGGCUGUCAGCCUGUCCAGAGGGGGCGACGGUGUGCCGGCGCUCCAAAACCGGAGCCAGCCAGACUCUGGGCCGAGUUUACUCUCAGCAAAUGAGCUUCACUGAUGGAAAGAUCUCCGUCGUCUACUCGGGAGGAGAUGAAGUGUGUGGCAAUGGUCUGAAGGCAAAGACGCUGAUCCAGCUGAGCUGUGGCUCCACUGUUGGUCGACCUUCACUCAUCAAGAUCGAUAAAGCUUCCUGUGAGUUUGUGAUUGGCUGGGAGACUCAUGCUGCCUGCGAGGUGAAGCAACAGGCGGUGAAGAUGGUGAACGGCACCAUAAAGGUUCCUGACACUGGAGUCAGUCUGAGUCUGGGAGCGCUCUACUUCAGUCCUCACCAAGCGUUUGGAGAUAACCGUGCCAACGGAGACCACUACAUCUACCACAUCCAGCUGUCCGGCAUCACCAACAGCUCCUUGCCAACUUGCCUCGGCGCCAACAUCUGCCAGGUCAAACUGAACGACACCUUCAGGCGAAAGAUUGGCUCCUCCAGCCAAACAGAGUACUACGUUAAAGGAGGGAACCUGGAAGUGAUUGUUCCUUCGGAGUCGACGUGCACCCGCAUGGGAAAAAUAGUCACAUCCGUCAUCAUGUUCCAGUGUAAACAAACGGCGGGUGUCGGCAGCCCGGAGUUCCUGCUGGAGACGGAUGAUUGUCACUACAUGUUUCUGUGGCAGACGGAUGCCGUGUGCGGUCUGACGACUGUUGACGCUCAGACUUCGGAUGGAGACGACAUUGCCCUGGUUCCCGGGCGGAGCCAGGCGGCGGGGAUCAUGCUUAGCCUCCUAUUGGUGACGCUAAUCUUCUGUCUGCUGGGACUUUUGCUCCGUAAGCGAGAGAGGAGGGAGCUGGUGAGGCAGAAGGUUGCUGGCUGUUGCAGGAGAGGAAACCAGGUCUCCUAUAAAUAUUCAAAGGUCAACACAGAUGAAGGAGGUGAAGAGGAGAUGGAGUGGCUGAUGGAGGAACUUGAAGCCCCUCCCGCUUCUUCCUCCUCCCACUGCAGCAGAAGUAACCAUAGCAAUGGCCACAUCAGGACCAAGCCGGUGAACACAGACGGUCUGCGAUCGUUCUCGCUGGACGAGCAGGAGGAUGACAGCGAGGACGAGGUUUUGAGCGUCCCGGGUGUCCGAGUGGUCAAACCGUCCUCCAGGAAGUCACAUCGCAGCCCCUUCCUGCAGGAGGAGAGCGACGAGGACCUGGUGGGCCUCCUGGACGAGACGGACCGGGAGAGGAGGAGCAGCAGACCUUGUCCAUCGGGUUACGGUAACGACACCCAGAAACGGGAGGAGGAGGACAGCGACGAGGACCUCCUCAGAGUGUGAUGUCACUUCCUCCUUCCGGCUCCCUUCUAUCCAAUCAGAACUCCUCACUCAGUGAAUGUCUAGCAGCAGCAACAGCGGCCACGCCCGAAGCGGAACUCUUUUUGAGUUGGGCUGCGCCUCCGCUCGGCCCGAUGGGACUUUGCGUUGGCUUUUAUUUAUGGAGACGUUAUCAUUUAAACAGCUCUGCCCCCUGUUUCCCACAGAGCUCCUCCACGUUUAUCUGGUACAGACUAGUUCCUGGAGAUGGUGGUUUGAGAUGAAGUUUUAGCACUUUGGUUCCAGCAAACCGCCGGUCUCGUCACAGACGGACAGAAUGUUUGUUUUUGCCUUUUUUUUCCCUUCAGAGUUGAGAUAGAAGCUGAAAUGUGAGUCUUGAGUGGUUUGAGGUGAGAAACCAGGACAGUGAAGGUGUCGGCUGGUGGCUGUUGUUGUUUUAAAGGGAACGAAGACACUGUUUGUCUGUUGUUGCCGUUUACACUUGAGACGUUUAUUUUUCUUUCCCAGAGAAAGUUUGAUGCCUUCCUAAAGAAUCGUGUCCUAAAGCAGACGGACCGAGUCUGAUCCCAGACGUUGUACAUAGACGAUCAUGUGCGGUUUUGUUUGUUUCUCGUCUCUGGUCAGCUGCUUUGUUGUUAUGAUUAUUUAAACGGGAUGAUUUUCUGUUUGUGUAAAACUAGAGACGGCCUUAAGCGUGAAUGAACGACUGACUGAAGGGAUUAUUGUUGAAGCCAUAUUUUCCUGCCAUCGUGUUUCCUUCCCGCGGGACUCAGACGUCAUUUGGCCAAAAUCCAAGGAUUCCUGCUGACAUUUAAAAUCAGUGUUUUCACAUUUUGCCACAAAUAACAGAAACAAACACACUCCAGUGUUCCCAUAAGAACCAGUGUUUGGCAGGUAGAGGUUUGGUGAGUUUGCAGAAUCACAUCGAUCAGUUUUUCCUUCUUAAAGUCUAGAUUUAAUAUUUCCAAUUAUUCAAGUUUCAGCACAAAAAUAAAGAAAAGCAGCAACUUCCUCAAAAUGCAGCAGUGAAAAUAUUAAUUAGAUCCUAGAAACAACAAAACAAGCUCAUCUGCUUUAUUUUAUUCAUUUUCUUCCAACAAUAAAUGACAUUUUCUCUGAAAAGAAGUAGUCGUUAAUCUUAACGCUACAAAUUAAAACUAAACUUUAUGCGGUUAAAAGAAAAUGUAACUUAUUUUAAUUGGAUAGCCCCUUGAACAGCCUCAGUUUGGAGAAACAGUCAGACAGAUGAGCUGAAAGCUAGUCACAAUCUCAAAGGUGUCACAGAAGUUUUUGCUAAAUCUGGUUUUAGUUUUUAUUCCAACAUAAUUGGGAUGAAAUUCCAGCUUUGCAGCUAAUUUCUGCUACAGAUAAGUUGGCACGAACUUCUGUGAAACUCUGAGAUUAGAGUCGAUUAAGAUGACGGGAACACUUUCGGUUCUUCUCAAGUUAGCUGUUAGCUCCUCAGAUCUAUUCUGUUUCUUCAAAAUGAAUCCACUGAAACUUGUUUUUUUUUAAUAGUUUUUCACAAAUAAAUCCCCGUCUCAGAACCGAUUUGACACUUAGAAGCAAAUAAAAAAAAAAAAACGAAAAUGGAGGCUUAUUUGUUUUUUGCUUUUGAAUCCAAAAAGCUCCACUUUUUUUAUCAUUUUAGCAUCAAAACUCGCUGCUUUCGGCUGAUCUGAUGAGGAGCCGUUUUAUUUCUGCUGCUCGAACUAAAACAUUUAAGAUGCUUCAGCUGAGCUGCUUGCAUCCAAAGCAAAUCAGGAAACAUAAACUCCUCCACAUAUCAGCAAACAUUUCCCUUAAAUUCUCAAAUUCACCAAAAUACAACUGGAGUGACAUCAGUGUGAGGAUUAGUUCUCGUUGUUUAGGCUACAUGAUCUAAUCUCCAGAGAUAAAAAUCUAACACCAUCAGUGUUUUUAUGGAGGAGUUUGAAAUGUGCCAAUGUAAUGCAAACAGAAGAGCAAGAGGAAGAUCUUUUUUAAUAAGCUGAAGUUUGAAACCAGAUUUAGUCUUUAGGAGGUGAGGGAGCAGACUGUAUGAAGCGACAUCGCAUUUAAGUAGAAGACAAAUCCAGAUGUCACGUGAAACUGAACUUUGUUGAAACUGUUUGGUACUUUGAGCCGUGGGGAUCUUUGUAACUACUGAGGAUGAGGAGGAGACGUCGUACGUGAAGCUUUAUCCAGUCAGUUGGUAUUUUUUGGGGGUUUAUGUAGCACCAAAGUCUGUGCAUGGUUCUUCUCCUUCCUGAAGAGAAAACUGAACUUUCUUGUGCUUUUUUCUGUCUUCGCUGAAUCUGAAAACUCUUCGGCGGUGAAGCCGAUUCACAAAGAAGAAGAGCUGAGUUCAGAAGCAGACACUCGCACCGGGAGAAAACUGACUAACCUGAACCCAUUUUGACAAAAGGAGAGAAAAAAAAAGCACAAGAAAAAGGAUUCGGUACGACAGGAGCGCAUUUACUGUUUCGGUUGGUCUAAAUUAUGUUGUCUGAUCUGUUUGCAGCUCUUUGCCUGUUUUCCUAUUUAAAAGAACGUUGAUGUAAGAAAAUAAUGUAUUAUUUGAAUAAAUAAGAGAUCUGCA